AGUUUGUGUGUUAUUUUCGCGUCCUUCGGCUGUGAGCUUUGGGGCCAAAAUGCUUCUCCUUUGGAGUCAGAAAUGACCAGGCUUUUCUCUCUUGCUCGCAGAUUUGCUUUAGCCACUGUGAGCUGCAGUCGCUGCAGCUGUUGGCGGUUCGGAAUGUUCUAUGCCGUAAGAAGGGGUCGCAAGGUCGGGGUAUUUCUUACUUGGGAUGAAUGUAGAGCACAGGUGGACCGGUUUCCUGCUGCUAAAUUUAAGAAAUUUGCUACUGAAGAUGAGGCCUGGGCCUUUGUUAAGAACUCUGGAAGCCCUGAUGGUUCAGAAGGAAAGAAAAAUGAGCUUGUGCAAGAAUCUCAAGUGAAAGCAAAUAAACGACUCUGGGAGUCAUUGGAAGAAGAGGAAGAUGAAAAUGCAGAACCUUGUGCAAAGCAUGUAAAACAAAAUACAGAAUCAGUCCCUUCAGUUAGCAAAGACAAAUUUUCCUAUAUGGGAGAAUUUGUGGUGGUUUACACUGAUGGCUGCUGCUCUAGCAAUGGACGGAAAAGGGCGCGAGCAGGAAUUGGUGUUUAUUGGGGGCCAGACCAUCCUUUAAAUGUAGGCAUUAGACUUUCUGGGCGACAGACAAACCAAAGAGCAGAAAUUCAUGCAGCCUGCAAAGCCAUUGAACAAGCAAAAACUCAAGACAUAACUAAGUUGGUUCUAUAUACAGACAGUAUGUUUACUAUAAAUGGUAUAACUAAUUGGGUUAAAGGUUGGAAGAAAAAUGGAUGGAAAACAAGCACAGGGAAAGAGGUAAUCAACAAGGAGGACUUUGUUGAGCUUGAUAGACUUACCCAGGGCAUGGAUAUUCGAUGGAUGCACAUUCCUGGUCAUUCGGGAUUUAGAGGCAAUGAAGAAGCUGAUAGAUUAGCAAGAGAAGGAGCUAAACAAUCUGCAGACUGAGGGAAGUUAUUUUUUAAUUUGGAAACAUGAAUCAGUGGCUGAUUUGUUAC